UAGACCAAGGCUUCUUCUUCGCUGCUGCGGUAUUUUCUUCCUCUUCUUCUUUCCAACCACCAAAAGAACACUCACACGGUUCAUCCGCAGCAGCGUUCAAGAAGCUUUCUUUCUCUCAUUAAGAAGAAAAUGGCUCGUUCUUUCUCAAACGUUAAGCUUUUCUCUAUUAUCGUUCUCGAUGGAAUUUCUAACGCUAUCUCAAGACGAGGAUACGCGGCGACAUCACAAGGAGUAUUGUCAAAUGGAGUAAAGGAAGCAGCAGCAGCAAGAAACGAGGCGGUGUUGAAGAAAACAGGGGAAGACAUGGCGAUGGCGGUAACUAAAGAGAAUGUAAACUGGGUUCCAGACCCGAAAACCGGAUUCUACAGGCCCGAGAACUCGGCCAGCGAGAUUUGCCCGGCCGAGCUCAGAGCAACGCUUUUGAAGAGGAACUGAAAUAAAUUAUACGUUCAUUCGUAUGUCUGUAUUGGGACAAACAAGGUUAUAUGUGUUUUUUUUUUUGGUAUCUGAAGUGGCUUGUUUUGUUCCUUUCUUUGUCGCUGGUGAUAGUAAUGCUUGUUUGUCGAUUUCUGUUUUGAGAAUUACAACCAAUAAAUACUAGGGUUGCCGUUUUCUUAUUUUAAUAUCACAUUCUUUUGUUGGCUUAA